AUGAAGAAAAGUACCACUGCUAAACACUUACAACAGGAGCAAUUUGAUGAAAGGGUCGAGCAUGGUACUUAUUUUGGGAGCGAGAGUGGAAAGGGCUCUUCCUCCACUAUACAUAGUAGAGGUGCACGGGGUCCUAUGGAUCAGUAUAUGACUACUCCAGGAGCGGAUAGAGGAGAAGCAGAGAUGAUCCCUGCAGCUGAGGAGGUGAAAAAUGCUACAUUCAUUUUCAAUUUACUUGAUGGGGUUAUUGAGGAGAUUGGGGAGCAAUUGGUUGUCCAGGUAGUGACUGAUAAUGCCAGUGCAUACAAAGCAGUUGGUCAGAUGUUAAUGGAGAAGAGGACACACCUAUAUUGGACACCCUGCGCAGCACAUUGUAUCGAUCUCAUUUUGGAGGAUCUUGGUGACUUACCUCAGCACAAGAGUGCACUUUCUAGGGCGAAGAAGAUUACGAAGUUCAUCUACAAUCACUCUUGGGUCUUAAGCUUGAUGAGAAAGUUUUCAAAGAAAGAAAUCAUUCGCCCUGCAACCACUAGGUUUGCCACCUCCUAUUUGACACUGCAGAGCUUGAUGGAGGUGAGGCAACCUUUGGAAGCAAUGUUUACAUCUACUGAAUGGCUAAAUUCUACUUGGGGGAAGAAAAGUGAGGGGAAGGAAAUAAGAAAGAUAAUUCUAAAUGAUAAAUUUUGGGCUACUGUAACCUAUGCCAUUUUGAGCACGAGACCCUUAGUGCAAGUUCUACGCUUAGUGGAUGCAGAGAAAAAAUCAGCUAUGGGUUUUAUUUAUAAUGCUAUGGAUGAGGCCAAGGAGAUGAUUGCACACAACUUGGGAGGAGAGGAGGCAAGUUAUAGGGAGAUUUGGGAUAUCGUUGAUGCUCGGUGGGAGGUGCAGUUACACCGUGAUUAUAUUUUUUCUUGA